AUGAAGUUCCUUCUCCUCACAUUUGUUGGGGUUGUUCACCUUUUAUCCCUGAGCUCUGGGAAAACAAUAUAUAAGAAUGACAUCUCUCAGAGGUCUUUUCAAGAAAUUAAAGAAGAAAUAGCCAGCUAUGGAGAUGUUGCUAAAGCAAUCAUCAACCUUGCUGUUUAUGGUAAAGCCCAGAACAGAUCCUAUGAGCGACUGGCACUUCUGGUGGAUACUGUUGGACCCAGACCAAGUGGUUCCAAGAGCUUAGAAAAAGCCAUCCAAAUCAUGCACCAGAACCUGCAGGAAGAUGGGCUGGAGAAUGUCCACUUGGAGCCGGUCAAAAUACCCCACUGGGAGAGGGGGGAAGAAUCUGCUGUGAUGCUGGAGCCAAGGAUUCACAAGAUGGCUAUUUUGGGUCUUGGAAGCAGCAUUGGGACUCCCCCAGAAGGCAUUACAGCAGAAGUUCUCGUGGUGACCUCGUUCGAGGAACUGCAGAGAAGGGCCCCAGAAGCAAGAGGGAAGAUUGUUGUGUAUAAUCAACCUUAUGUCAACUACUCGAAGACAGUGCUGUACCGAGUCCAGGGGUCAGUGGAAGCUGCCAAAGUGGGGGCUGUGGCAUCCCUGAUUCGAUCAGUGGCUUCCUUCUCCAUCUACAGUCCUCACACAGGUAUUCAGGAAUACCAAGAUGGUGUGCCAAAAAUCCCAACAGCCUGUAUUACAGUGGAAGAUGCAGAAAUGAUGUCAAGAAUGGCUUCUCGUGGGAACAGAAUUGUUAUUCAGCUGAAGAUGGGGGCAAAGAACUAUCCCGAUGCUGAUUCCUUCAACACUGUAGCAGAGAUCAUUGGCAGCAAGUACCCAGAGCAGGUCGUACUGGUCAGUGGACAUCUGGACAGCUGGGAUGUGGGGCAGGGUGCCAUGGAUGAUGGCGGUGGAGCCUUUAUAUCAUGGGAAGCACUCUCGCUUAUUAAAGAUCUUGGGUUGCGACCAAAGAGGACUCUGCGUUUGGUGCUCUGGACUGCAGAGGAACAAGGUGGAAUCGGUGCCUUCCAGUAUUAUCAGUUACACAAGGCAAAUAUUUCCAACUACAGCCUGGUGAUGGAGUCUGAUCUGGGAACCUUCUUACCCUCUGGGCUGCAAUUCACUGGCAGCGAAAAGGCCAGGACCAUCGUGGAGGAGGUCAUGAGCCUGCUGCAGCCUGUCAACAUCACACAGGUCUUUAGGGCUGGAGAAGGGACAGACAUUAACUUCUGGAUCCAAGCUGGAGUGCCUGGAGCCAGUCUACUUGAUGACCUAUAUAAAUAUUUCUCCUUCCAUCACUCCCGUGGAGACACCAUGACUAUCAUGGAUCCAAAGCAGAUGAAUGUUGCUGCCGCUGUUUGGGCUGUUGUCUCUUACGUCAUUGCAGACAUGGAGGAAAUGCUGCCCAGGUCUUAG